GUCAUUUUCAAAACAUUUAACUUCGCAUUGCUAAACUACUUGGGAGUGAGUUUUCAGAAGUAUAGGGACAUCAAACCUGAGACAGCAAUGGCACCCCCACUGGCAGGCAUUCGCGUAGUCGAACUGGCAGGCCUGGCACCAGGCCCCUUCGCCGGCCUCCUCCUCUCCGACUACGGCGCCUCCGUCCUCCGAAUCGACCGCCCCAAACCCCCCCAAGCACCCCCUGCCCCCGACCAACUCACCCGCCACAAAACCUCCAUCACCCUAGACCUCCGCGACAAAUCCUCCCAUGCCCUCCUCCUCUCCGUCCUCCAGCAUGCCGACAUCCUCAUCGACCCCUACCGCCCCGGCGUCCUGGAACGCCUCGGCCUGGCCCCGGCAACGCUCCUGAAACACAACCCGCGUCUCAUCGUUGCGCGGAUGACGGGCUUCCGCCGCGACGGCAAGUACAAGGAUAUGGCGGGGCAUGAUAUCAAUUACAUCGCUGUGUCGGGGGUUCUCUCGAUGCUGGGACGGGAUAAGGAGCCGCCCUAUGCACCGGGGAAUUUACUUGGUGAUUUCGCGGGUGGUGGGGCGAUGUGUUUCGUUGGCAUCUUACUCGCGUUGCUUUCCCGUGUGCAUACGGGGAGGGGACAAGUCGUUGAAGCGAAUAUGGUAGACGGAUCGGCGUAUUUGGCCGCGAUGCCGCGACUCACGCGCAAAACACCGCUAUGGAACCAGCCAAGGGGGCAGAAUCUUCUCGACGGUGGGUGUCCGUACUACGAUACCUACGAAACACAAGACGCGGGGAAAUACUUUGCAGUCGGCGCAUUAGAGCCACAAUUCUACGCUGCCCUACUCCGCGGCCUCGGUUUCAAGAAGGACGAGCUACCCCCGCGCGAAAACAAGGCGAAUUGGCCAGUAUUGCGGGACGCAUUCGCAACCCGCUUCAAGCAGAAGACGCGACAAGAAUGGGAAACCGUAUUCGACGGAACAGACGCAUGCGCAACACCCGUCUUCGAGCAAGACGAGCUGGAACAAACCGGGUACGAGCAACGCCCCGCGGUGCAUCUGACUGCGACGCCGGGAUACAGCAUCCCGGACGAUGACGGAGGGUGGAACGGGCGAAUAUUGUCCCCCGGGACAGGAGGUGAGAAGACGCUAAAGGAGUGGCUUGGAUGGGAACGGGGACGGGAGUUUGAGGCGAGAGAGGACGGGGCGUUGGCUUUGGUGCGGAGUGUGAGUGUCAAGACCAAGGCCAAGUUGUAAUCCACUGCACUUUUCCCCAUAGAGAGAGUCAUGACGGACACCCCGAAACGGUGUCGUCGGGACGGAUGUUGAUUGGUCGGUACCUCGGACAUGGCGAGCUGAGGGUCCACUAGAUAUGUAAUGUGAUUGGUCGGAAAUGCCGUAUUGAUGUGUUACGGUGUAUUGUCAGGUACGAGGGAAUACGGUAUGCGAUGAAAUGGCUGCAUUUCCUGUUUGGGAAGCUAUGUCGUAUGAUAGUUGGCAGAUAGAUGCACAUACAGAAUUAUGGCACAGAUUGACUCUCACACUAAGCAAUUAGAAUCUGCCAUUUAAUU